AUGUUACGCGGGGUGAGGCCUGGCCGCCGCACGUGCGUGGAGCUGGAGCGGAUCAUCGUCGAGAGGCACCGCUCUGGGAGCCUCGGCCCAGAGGACGCGCACAACCUGUUCGAUGAAUUGCUUCCUCAGGCCAGGCCCGCCUCGGUGCACGCCUUCAAUCGUGUCCUCACCGUCGUCGCUCGCGCGGACUCCUCGUCGCCACUGCGUCACAGCGCUGCGCUCGCCGUGUCUCUUUUCAAUACCAUGGCUCGGGCUGGCGUCAAUAAGGUGGCCGCCAACAUUUGCACCUUUGGCAUCCUCAUCCGUUGCUUCUCUACUGUCGGCCGCUUGGACCUCGCCUUUGCUGCCUUUGGCCAGGUCAUCAAGAUGGGAUGGAGGGAGCAGGUCAUGGCCCUCAACCAGCUAAUCAAGGGUCUCUGUGAUGGCAAGAUGACGAGCGACGCAAUGGAUAUAGUGUUCAGACGAAUGCCGAAGCUUGGCUGCACACCUGAUGUUUUCUCCUAUAACAUUCUCAUCAAGGGGCUCUGCGCCGAGAAGAAGAGUCAAGAGGCUCUUGAGCUGCUGCGUCACAUGACGGCCGAUGGCGGAUACAACUGCCCUCCCGAUGUGGUAUCAUAUAACACGGUCAUCGACGGCUUAUUUAAAGAAGGUGAGGUCGACAAAGCUUACAUCCUGUUUCAUGAAAUGCUGGGUCGGGGGUUUGCACCUGAUCUUGUGACAUACAACUCAAUCAUUGAUCUUGUGUUAUGCCGAAUAGUAGGAAUGUUGGAAGAGGCAGUGAGGCUGCUCAAAAAGAUGUCUGGAGGUGGUCUUCAACCGAAUGUUGUCACUUACAAUCUGCUGAUAGACUAUUAUUGCAAGAUUGGAAGAUGCACAGAAGCUAGGAAUAUCUUUGAUUCAAUGGUCCGGAGGGGUCAAAACCCCAAUGUUACCACCUACUGCAGUAUGCUUCAUGGGUACGCCACAAAAGGAGCUCUUGUUGAUAUGCAUGAUCUCCUUGAUUUGAUGAUUCGAGACAGAAUGGCUGCAUUUAUAGAAAUGCAACAGAAAGGUUUGAGGCCAAAUGUAGUCACCUACAACACGAUAAUUGACAUUCUUUGCAAGACAGGCAGAGUGGAGGAUGCCGUGUGCCAUUUCAAUCAGAUGGUAAGUGAAGGGUUGUCUCCUGAUAUCAUAAGUUUUAACUCACUAAUACAAGGUCUCUGUACCGUUGGUGAAUGGAAGAAGGUUGAGGAACUUGCUUUUGAAAUGAUCAAUAGGGGCAUCCAUCCCGAUGCCAGAUUCCUGAACGCAAUAAUGGAUACCCUAUGCAAGGAAGGAGGGGUUGUGGAAGCACAGGAUUUCUUUGAUCUAGUUAUACGCACUGGUGUGAAACCAGAUGUUGUUUCAUAUAAUAUACUGAUAGAUGGAUAUUGCUUAGAUGGGAAGAUGGAUGAAUCGAUUAAGCUACUUGAUCGUAUGGUCUCCAUUGGCUUGCGACCUGACAUUGCGACCUAUAGUGCUUUGCUUAAUGGCUACUGUAAGAAUGGAAGGGUUGAUGAUGCACUAGCACUUUACAGAGAAAUGUUCAGCAAGGAUGUUAAACCUAAUGCUAUUACAUAUAACAUAAUGUUGCACGGGUUAUUUCAGGCUCGAAGGAUUGUUGCUGCAAGGGAAUUCUACAUGAAAAUGGUUGACAGCGGAACACAGUUGGGAAUCAACACAUACAACAUAGUUCUUGGAGGACUCUGUGAAAAUAGUUGUGUUGAUGAAGCGCUAAGAAUUUUUGAGGGCUUGCGUUCAAAAGAAUUUCAGCUUGAGGUUUGGACUUUCAAUAUAAUGAUUAAUGCCUUGCUGAAAGUUGGUAGGAUUGAUGAAGCUAAGGGCCUGUUUUCGUCUAUCGUGCUCAGUGGUCCUGUGCCUGAUGUAAUAACAUACAACUUAAUGAUCGAAAGUCAUAUAAAAGAAGGUUUGUUAGAAGAGUCUGAUGAGCUUUUUCUAUCUAUGGAGAAGAAUGGCUGUGCUGCCAACUCACGUAUGCUAAAUACCAUAGUUAGAAGACUACUUGAAAAAGGAGAUGUGAGAAGGGCUGGAACCUACCUUACCAAAAUUGAUGAGAAGAACUUCUCCCUUGAAGCUUCGACCGCUGCAUUGCUGAUUUCUAUUGUUUCAGAGAGGAAGUAUCAGAAAGAAGUGAAGUUUCUUCCUAAAAAAUACCAAUCUUUCAUGGAACAUAGGGAUGAUUGA